CUCGUGCUAUUAGCUAUCAGUUUCGAGUGAAACGUGCACGGACAAGGCGAACUGAAUCAGCUGCUCGAGAUGAUCUUGCUAUUAUUAGUGACUGGAUUUUGUGUGGCGCUGACCGGCAGUCAUGCACUGCCUAGACGUGAAGCCGAACAUCGCAUGCAUCCAACUUAUACAAUGAUGGCUGGCGUAAAGGAGAGGCGCGUCAAGCGUGCCAUGCCCCAGAUUAUUUUUUCCGCACAGCGACAAGACGAGCAGCAUGCCGAGUACUGGCGCGGCCUUGCUCAACAAAUACUCAGCCAGCAAUUGGAUAGCAAGCUGAAGCUAAACACACAGCUGGCCAAGAAUGUGAUGCUCUUCAUGGGCGAUGGCAUGUCCAUACCGACUAUAACAGCGGGUCGCGUCUAUCUCGGCGGCGAAGAGAAGCAAUUUUCCUUCGAACAGUUUCCCUAUGUCGGCCUCAGUAAAACCUAUUGCGCCAACAUGCAGGUAGCCGACUCCGCCUGCACUGCCACCGCCUAUCUGAGUGGAGUCAAGGCCAACUACGGCACUGUGGGCGUAACGGCAGCUGUAACCAUGAAGGAUUGUCUGGCGCAAGCUGAGUCACAGCAUCAUGUAAACUCUCUGGCUGCCUGGGCUCAAGCACAGGGCAUGGCUACGGGUCUCAUAACAACAACAUCAGUUACGCACGCCUCGCCAGCGGGCGUUUACGCUCACAGCGCCAAUCGUAAUUGGGAAAGCGAUGCGGAUGUAGUGGCGGACAAUGCUGAUCCGCUAAUCUGUACGGAUAUUGCCUCCCAACUGAUUCACGGACAAGUUGGUAGUAAACUAAACGUUAUACUAGGAGGCGGGCGCGAGAACUUUUUGCCCGUUGGAACUAAGGAUGAGACCGGAGCAGCUGGCCGCCGUAUGGAUGGGCGGAAUCUCAUAGAGGAGUGGAAACGCCAACAUACGAACAGCGCGCACUAUGUGCACACACGACGCCAAUUGUUGGAACUCUCCAAUCAAACAUCGCGAGUGUUGGGCUUGUUUGCGCCCUACCACAUGCCUUACCAUGUAGAUGCUAACCCUGAGGAGCAGCCAACGCUAGAAGAGAUGGUGCAGGCAGCACUGAGUAUACUGGAGCGACAAAGUGCCGGUCGAGGUUACUUUUUGUUCGUUGAGGGCGGCCGCAUCGAUCAUGGGCAUCAUGAUACCUUAGCUCUACGCGCUAUAGAUGAAACUGCCGAGUUUGACAAGUCGGUGCGCUGGGCGCGCUCACAGACCAGCGAGCAAGACACUUUGAUUGUCGUUACAUCGGAUCACUCGCACACUAUGUCCUUGGCUGGCUAUUCUAGCCGCAAAAAUGACAUAUUUGGCAUCAAUGAUGGUCAACUGGCUGACGAUGCUUUACCCUAUGCUACUUUAUCAUACGCCAACGGCCCUGGCUAUAAUUCCAACUUUCUGAAGGAAGGUGGCGCUGUCAAGCGAAAGAAUCUGCGUGCCAUUAACAUGAAAAACAAGGAUUUCAUGUUUCCUUCCACAGUGCCAUUGGAGUCCGAAACUCAUGGCGGCGACGACGUAGCUGUGUUUGCCAGCGGACCAUAUUCUCAACUCUUCACUGGCGUCUAUGAACAGAACUUUAUACCUCAUGCUAUGGCCUAUGCCUCAUGUCUAAGCGAUAAACGUAGCAUGUGCUCAGAUCUCGGAAUUGAGAGACAGCCACGUUAAAGCCGCAUUAUAAGGGGUCGAUAGAUUAAUGCAAAGUUAACAGUAAUUAUUGUAAUUAGGUAAUUUAUAAAAAAAAAAAUUA